CACCUAUCGAGGAAUUGGUUUCACCCACCGUUGGACGCUUUCUCAGGAACUGAGCGCACGCCAUAGGACAAUAUAUUGACAUAAUUAUGUGUAUUUCUAGCUACAUGAAAUAUUAGGAUUUCCUAUUACCUAUAAAUAUUGAAAGUUAGCAUUUACCCCAACACCAUAGAACCACGCGAGACUGUGCAUAUAGGUUACUGGUUUAUCAUCACCAUUUGUUUCGGCUGAUCCAAGCACUAACGUUAGCUACAACUGCCUGGAAAAAAUAAGGCACUAGACACCCGACACAUCCAUCACUUUCUCUGCGGGCUCUAAACGCACUGUGGCUGGGCUGAAUUCUAAGGAGGAGUCCCACUCCCCAGUCCCCCCCUCUACCUCCACCCCUCUGCUGUCCCCUCUUCACUACCUUCAUGACCAGACUGAGGGAAGAGGAGAGGCUGGUGCUCAGAUGAUCCCGCUCUGGGCUGCCGUAACCAAAUUUGUCCAGACAGGGAAGACAUAAGUAGUGUCUCUGGAGGGCCCUGCCCGGUGUCCCCUCGGCCGCUAGCCUGGCAGAGUGCUCCGUUCCCCCCUUUGAUCCCCCGGCCCGUGAGAUGCCCUCUCCCCCUGACGAUGGAGAGGAUCAAGGACCAUCCCUCAUGAACGGGCCAUCUGCGGGCUCCCACCAGAUCAGUGGAAGAAGGAAGGUCCGCACCAAGAAGAAGAAGGGGACCAUUACAGCCAACGUGGCUGGCACCAAAUAUGAAAUCGUUCGGAUAGCGAUCAAUGAAAUGGCCUUCCUGAAAACCCGAGAUGAGGACGAGACAGCCAACCUCAUCUGGAGCGACUCGGCUGUGCAGCACGAGAAAAUCGCUGAUCUCAGGAACUACCAGAGAAUUAACCAUUUCCCUGGGAUGGGGGAGAUUUGCCGGAAAGACUGUUUGGCAAGGAAUAUGUCCAAAAUGAUCAAGAGCCAGCCUCAGGAGUACAGCUUUAUUCCCAAAACGUGGAUCUUCCCCGCCGAGUACACCCAGUUUCAGAACUACGUGAAGGAGCUGCGGCGGAAACGCAAGCAGAAGACGUUUAUCGUCAAGCCUGCCAACGGAGCCAUGGGUCACGGGAUCUCCUUGAUACGAAACUGUGAGAAGCUACCGGCUCAAGCUCAAGACCACUUCAUAGUGCAGGAGUACCUAGACAAACCGUUCUUAAUGGAGGGCUACAAGUUUGACCUCCGGAUCUACAUCCUUGUAACGUCCUGUGACCCUCUACGCAUCUUCCUCUACAAUGACGGCCUCGUCAGGAUGGGCACAGAGAAAUACCACACGCCCAACGAGGCCAACCUGAGCCAGCUGUACAUGCAUCUAACAAACUACUCCGUCAACAAACACAACGAGAACUUCGAGAGGGACGAGACGGCAGACAAAGGCAGCAAGAGGUCCAUUGGUUGGUUCACUGAGUUCCUGCGCAUGAACGAUUACGACGUGGCCAAGUUCUGGGGCGAUGUUUCCGAGCUGGUGGUGAAGACUCUGAUAGUGGCUGAGCCCCACGUCCUCCAUGCCUACCGCAUGUGUCGCCCCGGACAGCCACCAGGGAGCGACAGUGUCUGCUUUGAGGUGCUGGGCUUUGACAUCAUCCUGGACCGCAAGCUCAAACCCUGGCUUCUGGAGAUCAAUCGAGCGCCGAGCUUCGGGACCGAUCAGAAGAUUGAUUACGACGUGAAGAAAGGGGUCUUGCUCAACGCACUGAAACUUCUCAACAUCAGAGCGAGCGACAAGAAGCGUAACCUGGCCCAGCAGAAGGCAGAGGCCCAGAGACGGCUCUACGGCCAGGGCUCCAUGAAGAAGCUCUCGGCCGCCUCCUCCGAGGCAGAAAAACAGCGCCACACACUGGAGCGAAGGAAAGAAGAACUGAAAGAGCAAUUGACUCAGGUCCGCAAGCAGAUCUCCCGGGAGGAGCAUGAAAAGAGACAUCUGGGGAACUACAGACGUAUUUACCCCCCAGAUGACAAGCUUCUCCUGGAGAAGUAUGAAAGCCUCCUCUCAGCUGCCUUUCAGACCUUCCUCGCCGGCCGAGCGGCCUCACUUCAAAAGGAAAUGAAUAAUCCUCUGAAACGAAUGAAAGAGGAGGACAUCUUGGACCUGUUGGACCAGUGUGAGCUGGACGACGAGAAGCUGCUGGGGAAAUCGUCACGGCAGAGAGGACCCAAGCCCCUGUCCUCCAUGCCUGAGAGCGCCCAGACACCGUGCGGCAGGAGACAAAGGGAGUACGGAGGCGACGGAGGAGACGCCAGCGGCAGCAGCGUCAACAACAGCAGCUCCGAGGAGGGCCCUGAAGAGGAGGAUGACAGGGAGGAUGAGAGGGAAGGAGGGAAGACAAGGGAGAAAAAGAGUGUCUCUUACGACCUGGGAGAGAACAAGUAUAAGUCAUUGUCGGAGCGCUCAGGACGGGUUCACUGGAAACCUCUGAUGAAGCCGGUCAAGGCCGGCCUCUCUGCCUCCUCCUCUCCGACCCUUUCUGGGCCAAUCAGACGUUCCAUCUCCUGCCCGCGUUCAAUCUCCUCCCUGGCCGCCCAGUCACCCACCAAUGAGACGCGAGCCUCGCUGGCCAGGCACUCCGUUCCUGCGGCGACGGCCCUCGUUAGGCCAAGCUCCGCUUCUCUGCGCUCUCAUUCGCUCAGCCGCAGCGGCUCCACCCACAGGGUGCCGCACAGCAGUAGUCUAGGUACCAUCCACGCUAACAUGGGUGAUCCCGUGCUGAUCCUGAGGAGUAAAGACCAGGAGACAGAGCUGACAAGACAGAGCCUGGCCGCUCUCAGCGCAAUGAGGAUCCGCUUCCCGGGGAAGACUGAGGAGGAGGCCGAGGCCGUUCUGGAUGAGAUACUAGACAACUGGAAGUACCACAAACCCAAAGUGGCCUCUUACUGGCUGGUGAAGUUGGAUUCCACCAAACAAAGGAAGGUUCUGGACAUCGUCCGUACCAACGUACGCUCGGUGCUGCAGCGGCUUUGGAGGGAGCCCGACGUGGACAGUUUACAUUUGUAUCGCCUUUUCAACCGCGUCUUUAACCGACUGCUCUGGAGCCACGGACAGGGCCUGUGGAACUUGUUCUCCAACACUGGCUCGUCGUGGGAGACCAUCUUCAGUAAGAGCAGUGAGGUGGUAUCGCAGCAGGAGCUCCAGUGCUGCCAGAGGCUGGUGCAGCUGUGCAGGGACUGCCUCCUCGUUGUCUACAAAUUUGUCUCCGAGUCCCGGGGCUCGCUCACCGGCCUCAGCCCCGAAUGGGACGACACUAGGUAUCUGCUGCCAGUGACCUCCCAGUUCAUCAUGAAGUGGCCUUCAUCCAGCUUCGGCCACGUCUCAUCGGCCAUGCCGCGCUCACGCAGUCUGUUCACCACCCGGAUGGGUCAGUUCUGACUGACCGCCCAGGCCCACCCUCAUGAGCUGUAUCCCCCAGCCAAUCCCUCCUCCCCUCAACUAACCAGUUGAGAGGGCUGAACUGGUGGACCUUGGACCCCACAGCGGCCCCACAAAGGCUAGAGCAUAUGGGUGAGAUUAGUGACACCCUUGCUCAGCCCAGAACACUCCAAUGUUCCAACAGGACUCUUGAUCUGAGCUCCACUUAGUGUCAGACAAUGGGUCAUUCUCAUGUCCCCCGACCCAGUCUUUCUCUGUAUCUCUGUCUCUCUCGAUCUCACUUUAUCUCUCUUUCUUUCUCUCUCUCUCAUUGUACCUUACAUUGCUGUAUUAUAUACGCUCACUGUACAGUUACAAGUCAAGGUACUGUAAAGGAAAAAAACUAACAGAACAACGUUUCUUACAUUUAUUUUGUAAAAUGUUCCAUGAAUGCAGUGAAUGCUGAUGCAGUAUGCAGAUGGAAUGAGAUUAACAGGUUAUCCCUUUGUUGAGAAAAAAAUACGCUUUUUUUUGCUGGCUAUGAAAAUUGCUAAAUGUAUUUUGGUGCUGUUUGUAUUUUAUUUAUUGUCUAACUUAUUUCAAUGUGAUGCUUUAGUUUACAUUGUUUUAACAGUCACUUCCUGUCAAUACAACCCAAAGUACAGUAGAGCGAGGAAAGACUAACUUAUUUAAAACCAUUGGGUCAAUUGCAACCAACAGGUAGAACGCGCAGCUGCAGGUUAGCGCUGGAUUUCUUAAAACGCUGCUAAAGGGAGAUUACAUGCACUUGCGUGUUAAAACAAACUAGCUUGCAACCAAAAACCCACCAGAAUAAACCAGCAGAUCAGUUGAAUUAAUCAAUAUUUAUUGUAAGAAUAUAGACCCAGUGAAUUGUAAGAAACUUGAGUAUAGUAUAGUUCAGUACAGGGACGUAGAGUAUAGUACAUUACAGUAGAGUACUAAACUGCAACUGCACUAUUCUGCACUCUACUGAGAUAUACUCUACUCGAGUACAGUAAAGUAUAAUACAGUACAUUAUAGAAGUUUAUGUUUGGGCCAUAUUAGAAUAUAAUUUGUAAUUUGACAUACCUUGAUUAGACUCUAAUUGAAUAAAAAUAUAGGUUUGUAUUAACAAAAUCAUGAUUGGUUUGAUUAAGUUGAUUUUAGUUCAGGAAUAGUUUAUUUUCCCCUUUUGAUAAGAAAUUACCAUACUGUAUUAAGACAAGUUAUUAAUGGAUUAAAUAUUGGAAAUGAAAAGUAAGUAUACCAACACAAGCUUCACAUUAAUAAAAUGUAUAGCGUAAAUUGCCACAGUAGAUUAUCGCUGGUAAACGAGGAAUUACCUCAUUUCAGUUGUACGGAAUGAUUAUCAGAUAUUGAAAUCUGUGCUUAAUCUGCUCAAAUAUUAGGUUUCAUUUAUACCGAAGAUAAUACCCAGAGGGCUAAAUAGCCUUGAAAAUGUUUGGCAGCAACCGGGACUUAAAGGUAACAUCCACAUCAGCUUUAGGGCGGGGUAAUAUGGUCGCCAAUAGGGGUUGCAAUUGAGAUCAGCAGUGUGGGUUAUUUUAGGGCAUAUUGAUGGUUUAACGAGAGAUCACCUCAUUUUGAGACCGUGCUCAAUGUUGGUUGCAGUUGACCCUUAAACUUUUAACUAUAGCUUAUAUUUUGGGUCUGUAAUGACAAGUGCAGCACAGUAUAGCCACAGAGCGUCUAGAAUGUUUAUUUCCAACUAGCGAGCCAAGCAUCCCUGCUACCCAGUGAAUGAGUUGACUUUGCAGCCUCACCGUAGGGAGCCAAAAUGGAGUCUCGGAUAUUGUCCUGUUGAAUAUGCAGUAUAUCACACCGUUUCCGGGUACCAGGUCGACUACAUUGUUGACUACAUUGCAGUCGCCUGCCAAUUCUCACAACGUCUGGAUAGGUGUUUAUAGAAAUCUGACGCCCGACUGGGAAGUUGUUGACAUGGCACGCAUGGUUGCUGUGUGCAGCGAGACUGCAAUAUAGGUGAUCUGGAACAUGACCAAGGACUUACUCCACAUACUGCUUAUGAUGCUGUAAGCAGUAGUUCUUGCAUGCAUAGAUUAUAGUUCUACACCCAGACGUUGUCCAUAGACAGAACAACUGCAUUAUGGGAAAUACUUGAAUUUUUGUGUUGUUAAAUCUUUUGGUCUGCGCUCGCAUUAAAUACACAAAUUUAGAUUUGUGGGUAUCUUAAAUUUCAUAUACAGUACCAGUCAAAAGUUUGGACACACCUACUCAUUGAAGGGUUUUUCUUUAUUUUUACUAUUUUCUACAUUGUAGAAUAAUAAU